UGAUUACGCAAACAUUUAUUGCAAUUCAGAACAGUUGUUGUCACUCCCCACACACACCCACCACCUUCCAUCGCCUUCCGACUCUCACUUCCAAAUCUCACACUCUUUUUCUUCGAACACUUUUCACAUCACAUUAUUAUUAUUUCCAAAUCCAACAAUGGCUGCAGCAUUAGAGUGCUGGUCCAGCCGCGCCACCACCACCACCGAGGACGACAUGGUCGAGCAGGUCCUCAUGCGCUCCCACCAAAGAUCCGAAGGACUCACCGCACUCGAUCCCCCCUCCUCCUCUUCUUCCUCUUCCACCACCGCCUCUUCCACCAACUCAACCAAAGACUCCAACAAUUCCAUCGUCCAUAAGAAGCUUCAGAAGCUCUCACGAAACGUUUCUGAAGCCAUUGCGUCACUUAAGAACACUCUCAACAUUCAAGACUCCAAUACUACAAGGGACCCACUUUCUUCUUCUUCUUCUUCCUCUUCUUCUUCUUCUUUCUCUACUACUAACACUACUACUACUACUACUAAUUCUUCGAAGAUCGAAGGGUCACGGAAAGUUGUGUGGGGCUGCGUUGUUCGAAACCUGACUCAGCUAUACCCUGGAAGCCAGUUACCGGAGAAGCUCAUGUCCAAUAUUCGGAAGCACUACGAUUCGUUGCCACUCAGCUAUGCACAAGCUGAUUUUGAUAUGAAGGAUGUGUUUCUUCACAUCAAGCUGAUGGAACAAGCAUCAGCCAGUGACUACCCUGCCAUCCUGAUUCAAGAGGAGAGUGAUGAUGGUGGUGGUGGUUGUGAUGUUGUUAAAGGGUCUGUCUUGAAGCUCACUUUUGCUUGCAACUCUCCGAUCUCGUGGUCUGCAAUGUCUAGUGCAUUGGACAGUUCAUCCAUUUCCUGCAAGAAAGUUCAGAUCUUUGAGAAGAAAGGUUUCACAAUUGGGAUUGUUCUCCUUGUUGUUCAGCAAGGGCAAGAGAAGCUGGUGAGGACCCGGGUCGAAAAUGCUCUCAGAUUUGCGAUGAAGAAGUCAAAAACCAGUGCUGUGAAGCUCCCCUUUGGGCUCUGUGGAUGCCAGGAAGAGAUCUCAAAAGGGAGAUCAGAGCGUGGAGAAAUUGAAGAAGAUGGUGAUGGCGAUGCAUCAUCAUGCUAUGUGAUGAGGGAGUUUGAGAAUUCAAGCCAAAAGAUUCAGCUUCAGGUUCCAUUGCCUAGUUCAUCUUUUGUUGUGUCAGUGGAUGAAUGGCAGACAAUAAAAUCAGGCUGUAAUGAGAUUGAGAAAUGGGUGUUGAAUUCAGAUAAUGUUGAGUUUUUGGACCAGAUUGGACCAAAUUCCUAUAAAGGUUUCUACAAUGGGAAAAGGGUUGGCAUUGAAAAACUCAAGGGGUGUGACAAAGGGAAUGCUUAUGAGUUUGAGCUCCGAAAAGAUCUUCUUGAACUUAUGACUUGUGGCCACAGAAACAUUCUUCAGUUUGUUGGUAUCUGUGUGGAUGAUAAUCAUGGUUUGUGUGUAGUUACCAAGUUCAUGGAAGGUGGUUCUGUUCAUGACUUGUUGCUGAAGAACAAGAAGAUUCAUGCUAAGGAUAUUGUGAGAAUUGCAGUUGAUAUAGCUGAAGGAAUCAAGUUCAUGAAUGAUCAUGGUGUUGCUUAUAGGGACCUUAAUUCACAGAGGAUCCUGUUGGAUAGACAUGGGAAUGCAUGCUUGGGAGACAUGGGAAUAGUCACUGCUUGCAAGAGUGUUGGUGAAGCAAUGGAGUAUGAAACUGAUGGAUACCGGUGGCUAGCUCCUGAGAUAAUUGCCGGGGAUCCUGAGAGUGUGACAGAGACAUCGAUGAGCAAUGUUUAUAGUUUCGGCAUGGUAAUUUGGGAGAUGGUAACUGGUGAAGCAGCAUAUUCAGCAUUCUCACCUGUUCAAGCAGCAGUUGGCAUUGCUGCUUGUGGCCUUAGACCUGAAAUCCCCAAAGACUGUCCACAAACACUAAAAUCAAUCAUGACAAAGUGCUGGAACAAUAUCCCUUCGAAACGCCCUCAAUUCUCCGAGAUCUUAACAUUGUUGCUGCGUCCAAAUAACAUCAAUAGGUAAACAACAAAAAGUCGAUCGGUUACAUGAAUCAAACAAUGUCAUUGCGCCUUUUCACUGAAUCAAUGGGUAAAAAGGAAAAAGGUCCAUAUUUACGAUAGGCCUUUUGUGGAACCUAAACUGUUGAUAUAGCACUUGAUAACAAGUUUGCUUAUAUAGAAGUAAUGAAGAUGUAAAUUUUGUAGGUUCUUUUGCAAUCUUGUAUUGUAGCACCUUCACAGCAUCAUCAAGAAAACCCUGAUGUGGGGUGUGGCUGUUUCCUUCUUAUAAAUGUCUUUGUUGAAUUGACAUUAUCAAUAUACACUAUUUUCACCUUUUUGUAUUUUGAAAUCUCAAUGAUGGAAAAUGUUACAGUACAAUUUACGUUGGUGUGUUAUGAUGA